CAAAUCCUUACCUAUUUCCCCAAAUUCCCAAUCUCAUAACCUUACCUACCUCUUCUCUUCUCCACGCAAAUCCCUCCCUGUUUCUCCAAAUUCCCAAUUUCUUCUCCACGCAAAUCCUUGGCGAUUACCCCAAUAGAAGAAGUUUCAGUUGGUGCUCAUUUGAUGGAUUGAUGAACCACGUCAGACUUGAAUAUUUGAACGAAAAAUCAAAGGUUUCUUCAGAGAUGGAAACGGAGAAAGUGGUAUCAGAGAUGGAAGAGCUACCCAAGACUAUCAUGCGCCGAGUGGUUAAGGAUAAGCUCAACGAGUGUUCACCCGAUACCGACAUCACCGUCAACAAAGACUCCCUUCUCGCUUUCUCCGAAAGCGCCCCUAUCUUUAUCCACUACCUCUCCGCCACGGCUAAUGAUAUAUGCAAGGAGUCAAAGAGGCAAACUAUUAAUGCUGAUGAUGUAUUAAAAGCAAUUGAAGAAAUUGACUUUCCUGAGUUCGUUGGCCCUCUUAAAGCUUCCCUUGAUGAUAUUGUAGGCAACAAAGCUAUUUGUGAAUAUCGGCGUAAAAUUUGCUACAAAAGGGAAAUAUAA